AUGGCAUCCUUGAGACACGAAUUUUAUGAGACGGACGAGAAACUGACCAUCUCCAUCUUCGAUCGAGGGGCUGAUCCUGCACAGGUAUCCGUUAUAUUUGAGCCACGCGCGAUUAGCUACCAAAAUGGCGAGAAGACUCUAUCCUUACAACCAUUGAAAGGACAGAUUGACACCGAGAGGUGCGAUUUCACGGUCGGCAAAGUCAAGGUUGAACUACGUCUUGUGAAAAUGGCUCAAGGCCGUUGGGGAGGUAUCACUGGUGAUGCUCCUGAUCCUCUUCAGACCUCGGCCCCUAUCGGACCAACGACUUCUCCAGCGGUGGUCGAGGCAAGGGCUAAGCCCAAGAAGAACUGGGAGGAACUCACCACUAAAAUUCUCACAUCCGAAAAGGAGAUAACUACUGAUGAGGACCCCAACGUUGGCGGCGACAGCGUUGUCAACGGCUUUUUCCAAAAGAUCUUCGGAGAUGCAGAUGAUGACGCCAAACGGGCAAUGAUGAAGAGUUUCCAGGAAAGUGGAGGGACCACCCUUAGCACAAACUGGGAGGAGGUAGGCAAGGCUCCGGUCGAGGUGAAGCCCCCAGCAGGUAGUGAGUGGAAGAAGUGGGAUUGA